CCGGAGCGGCGGCGCGGCGGGCCGGGGUGCGCGCGGCGGGCCGGGGGCGGGGCCGGGGCCGAGCCCAGCCGAGAGGGAGCGAGCCGGGAGGCGGCGGCCGCACUCGGGCCGGGCGUCGCGAGCUGCCCUCCGUUCCGCGCUGAGGAGACUGGAAAGUUUGUGCCAUGAAUGGUGAUAGCCGGGCCGCAGUGGUGACCUCACCACCUCCAACCACAGCGCCUCACAAGGAGAGGUACUUUGACAGAGUGGACGAGAACAACCCAGAGUACUUGCGGGAGAGGAACAUGGCACCAGACCUUCGCCAGGACUUCAAUAUGAUGGAGCAAAAGAAGAGGGUGUCCAUGAUUCUGCAGAGUCCUGCUUUUUGUGAAGAACUGGAAUCGAUGAUUCAAGAACAAUUUAAGAAGGGGAAGAACCCCACAGGUCUCCUGGCGUUACAGCAGAUUGCAGACUUCAUGACCGCCAGUGUACCAAACGUCUACCCAGCAGCCCCGCAGGGAGGGAUGGCUGCCUUAAACAUGAGUCUUGGUAUGGUGACUCCUGUGAAUGACCUCAGAGGGUCUGACUCCAUUGCAUAUGACAAAGGGGAGAAAUUACUGCGAUGCAAGUUGGCAGCGUUUUAUAGACUGGCAGAUCUCUUCGGGUGGUCUCAGCUUAUCUACAAUCAUAUCACAACCAGAGUGAACUUGGAGCAGGAACACUUCCUCAUUGUGCCUUUUGGGCUUCUCUACAGUGAAGUGACUGCAUCCAGCUUGGUGAAGAUCAAUCUUCAAGGAGAUGUUGUGGAUCGUGGAAGCACUAACCUGGGCGUCAACCAGGCUGGCUUCACCUUGCAUUCUGCCAUCUAUGCGGCACGCCCCGACGUGAAGUGCAUUGUGCACAUUCACACACCUGCAGGCGCUGCGGUCUCGGCAAUGAAAUGUGGACUCUUGCCCAUCUCCCCCGAGGCACUUUCCCUUGGGGAAGUGGCUUAUCAUGACUACCACGGCAUCCUGGUUGAUGAGGAGGAAAAAGUUUUGAUUCAGAAAAAUCUUGGGCCUAAAAGCAAGGUUCUUAUUCUCCGGAAUCAUGGGCUCGUAUCGGUUGGAGAGAGUGUGGAGGAGGCCUUCUAUUACAUCCAUAACCUUGUGGUCGCCUGUGAGAUCCAGGUUCGAACUCUGGCCAGUGCUGGAGGACCAGACAACCUAGUCCUGCUGGAUCCUGAGAAGUACAGGGCCAAGUCCCGUCCCCCGGGCUCUCCCGAAGGAGAUGGCUCCGGGUCAUCGCCCAGGUGGCUGAUUGGGGAGCAGGAAUUUGAAGCCCUCAUGCGGAUGCUCGACAAUCUGGGCUAUCGAACGGGCUACCCCUACCGGUACCCUGCUCUGAGAGAGAAGUCUAGAAAGCACAGUGAGGCCGAGGGCUGCUCCUUCGCUAGUGACGGCGACUCGGGCACUUGCUCUCCUCUCAGACAGAGUUUUCAGAAGCAGCAGCGAGAGAAGACACGAUGGCUGAACUCUGGCCGGAGUGAUGAAGCGUCUGAGGAAGGGCAGAGUGGAAGCAGCCCCAAGUCGAAGACUAAGUGGACUAAAGAGGAUGGACAUAGAACUUCCACCUCUGCCGUCCCUAACCUGUUUGUUCCAUUGAACACUAACCCCAAAGAGGUCCAGGAGAUGAGGAACAAGAUUCGAGAGCAAAACUUACAAGACAUUAAGACGGCGGGCCCCCAGUCCCAGGUUUUGUGUGGUGUAGUGAUGGACAGGAGCCUCGUCCAGGACGCACCCCUCUCUGACUGUACGGAAACUAUCGAAGGGCUCGAGCUUACAGAGCAGACCUUUAGUCCCGCUAAAUCUCUCUCUUUUAGAAAGGGGGAGCUGGUAACCGCCUCCAAAGCGAUCAUCGAGAAGGAGUACCAACCUCACGUCAUCGUGAGCACCACGGGCCCCAACCCCUUCAACGCGCUCACCGACCGCGAGCUGGAGGAGUACCGCCGAGAGGUGGAGCGGAAGCAGAAGGGCUCUGAAGAGAAUCUGAAUGAGACGAGAGAACCGAAAGAAAAGAGUCCUCCCGAGCAGCCCGCCGCUCCCCACACUCCCCCCAGCACCCCUGUGAAGCGUGAGGAAGAUCUUCCUCAGGAGCCCACCUGCGGGGAUGACAGCGACGCGGCCACCUUCAAGCCCACUCUCCCCGACCUGUCCCCCGACGAGCCUUCGGAGGCGCUGGGCUUCCCUGCCGCCGAGGAGGAAGCCCACGGCCCCCCAGACCCCACCCCGCCCCCAGCUGAGGCCCCCGAGGCGGAGGAGGCGGCCUCCCCCGUGGCCGAGGAGGGGCCCGCCGUGGACCCGGGCAGCGACGGCUCUCCGGGCAAGUCCCCGUCCAAGAAGAAGAAGAAGUUCCGCACGCCCUCCUUCCUGAAGAAGAGCAAGAAGAAGACCGAUGGCUGAAGGCAGCCUGCUUCACGCCCGGCCCCGCUCCUUGCUCGUCCCACUCGCUUCCCGAGUCCUGUCCUCCCAUGUGAUGGAAUGCAAAGGCCAAGCCCUCCUCCCAUGCGCCCCUGCGAGACCACCCAGCUGUCGGUGCUCUGCCCGCCGCCCUCAGCCUGCGCCUCCUGCAUACAAGACGGCACUGAAGCCUGGCCUCGGACCGGCUCCGGCUACAGCCUCACCUCCGCUGGGACCCCUCCACACCAGCCACGGCUGCUGCUCAGUGGGCGCCUGGGCCCCCACACCAAGCCCGACCCUGAGAUCCCUCGUUCCCACCCGUGGCGCAGGGCAUUCUGGCUGCCACCGAGAGCUGGGUUUAUUUAGGCCAGGAAGCCCCGCAACACAGGGGCUGGCGUGACCCCCGCAAUGCUAUGCAUGGUCCCGCUGGUGACCCCACAACGCAAACCAGACCCCGGAGCCCAGCCCGCCUGGUCGGGACCUCCGAUUGCUGACCGGGAAGGGAAGCCCCUUCUGUGACUUUCUCCACAAUGUGCAGGUCAGUCCGCAUUUUCCCUGUGCAUCGAUAGGCCACUGUAGUGUCUCCUGACACGCGGCGGAGCAGGCUCUCCUAUGUGGGGAAGGGUUUGGACCUCCACUGGAUCUAGUCUCCCCUUAACUCAGCCCAAGAGGCACCCUGGUCUCAGUGGAAGGCAACUCAAGGUAGAAGUCAUUUCCGGAGGCCCCGCGCUCCUCCUCGCGGGCCCGCCUGUGUCGCAUGUUUGGGUUUGAAGACGGACUCCUCCAGGGUGACCUGUUCAGAGGUGGGGGAACCCCGCAGACCCCACUACAGGUCCUUGUGGAGCUGAGUCCUGGGCCAUCCCAGCAGGAAGGACCCGGGCCAGCCGCACUGCUCUGCUGCCAGGGCGGGGUGAAGCUCGCCCCGUCCAGGACGUCCCCCCCUCCCCUGCCGACCCCCAGCCCCACAUAUGCAAUGACUUUAAUUCUCACUUUUGUAGUCUUGAUUCUUUGUAUCACAACACGGAGUAUAGCUGCAUCUACGGACGGACGUGGAGGGCAGCCUGCUCCUCCCUUUCUGUAACGUGUUCUACUCACCAAUAAAGAUCUUUAAGCAACUUU